UUAAAUCAUCACCCUUAAAAGACAUAACCUAAAAAAAUUGUAAUAGUUUAAAAAUCUUUAAAGUUAACCGAUUAUGGCUAACGAUAGGGAAGUUCUACGUGAAAUAUGGGAAGGAAAACUCCCCGUUUGUUUCACUUUAAAUCCGGAUGAAGUGCGAGAUCUCCAACAACCCGAUCCGUUUUAUGUUCUCGUACCGAGGCUUAGUUAUUUUUCCCUCGUAACCGAUAAGGUUAAAAAACACCUUAUUCGAUUUGUUAAUGAAGAAAGUCAAGAUCAAGAUAUGUGGUUAGAAUACGACGGUCAACCGAUUAAAUGGCACUUCCCGAUUGGGGUACUUUUCGAUUUAUUAAUGGGUGAUGAUGUCCAAUUACCUUGGAAUAUUAUAGUUCAUUUCGAGAAAUUUCCCGAAAAUAAAAUCUUUAGGUUCAAUAAUAAGGAAGCUAUAGAAGCUUUUUUUAUGGCUUGUGUUAAAGAAGCUGAUAAUUUGAAGCAUCGAGGGGUUGUGAUUAAUGGGAUGCAAAAAAAGGAUCAUAAUCAACUUUGGUUGGGUUUACAAAACGAUAAAUUUGAUCAAUUUUGGGCUGUUAAUCGAAAAUUAAUGGAUGCUUCAUCGGAACAAGAUUCCUUUAAACACAUUCCGUUUAAAUUUUAUAUUGAUGAUGGUUAUAGACAGAAAUUGGUGAAACCAACCACAGAGGAUGGUCAAAGGAGAACACUUCAAGAUCUUUUAGAAGAGGUGUUUCCAAAUAAAAAAGAUUUGCGUGUAAGAACUCAUGGGGUUUUACCACCUUUAUCUACACCAUUACAGUGGAUGUCUGAGCAUUUAAGUUAUCCAGAUAACUUUCUACAUCUAUGUUUAGCUUAAAAAAAGAUUUCUUUUUAAAUCUUUUUUAUUAAAAAUUAAAGACUUUGUUUCUCUAUAAUUAUUUUUUGCAUAAGAAAUGUGGCUGUUAAAUUAGUUUAUUUAAAUUUAAUGUAACGAAAAACGUAUUUUUUAAGAUUUAUUCAUAAAUAUUUUUGUAUUCAACUUUAUGUUUAUUUUUAAACAUUUUUUUAUAUUAUUUGCUAAAGAAUACUUUCAAAAAUCAAUGCAAUUAUAUUAAUUUCGUAUUUUACACAAUUAUAAUAAAAAAAAGUGAGGUUAGAACUCAUAAAAACAUAAAACAACUUUAAGUUGGCAACCAUGAA